GAGUAUCUCUUGCUCGUGUCGAUUAACUCUCUUUUCAACCAUCAUCAUGAUCUUGCAAAUAUUUGCUCUCUUUCGAGCGAUGAUAGGGGAUAUGUUCAUCGUUGCAUAUUGCACUCGGCUGACGAUGGGAAUUGUGCUUGCAGAAUUAUCUAUAUAGCUAUGUCGGAAGCCAUACAAGCUUUAACGAAUACUUUGGCGUCCAUGACGGAUACGUCUCAGACUCAACCUACCCAGGAGGGGUCGGAUCAAGUGCAGGUUGCACCACAGGCACCACAAGCACCAGUUGCACCGGCACCCAACCCAGAAACUCCAAUGAAGCGUCGACCUGGCCGUCCCAAAGGCAGCGGGAAGAAGCAAACGGAUUCCAGCGCCGAGCCCAAAUUGAAGCGACCUGUUGGGCGGCCGAGAAAGGAUGGGCUUCCUGCAGGUUCUGUUGGACCGAAGAGACCUCCUGGUCGUCCCAGGAAGCGUCCCCCAGGGACAUUUGCUGCUAGUUCGGCCGGCCAGAGCCCAGCGGCAUUCCCAACUUAUCCAGUAGUACCGUAUGGUGAACAAUGGCCAGCAUCGGUAUCUGCACCUCCCAUGGCAUCGUUGCCUGGAAGACCUCCUGCUCCACCUAUGGCGAUCGACCCAAGCUUGGAUUCAAACGAUUGGGCAAGUUUGCGACACAGACCAGACAUCUUCUUGCACAAUCUCGUAGCAUCACUGUCCGCUCCAAACCCGAUCCCUUCUAGCGGUGUUCCCGUUGAAGAAGCGUUCAAGGCCCAUCUAUUCUCUUUGCAGAGCAACGGCAAGAAUGGCAGCCCUUCUGCUAUUCCACAACUCUACUCCACGCUUCGGACCUUCUGGAUGCCCUCUUCCCCUGCUUAUUUCUCCUUGACAGCUUCGGCUACUACGACUCCUUCCGAAUAUCGUUUCUUCUAUUGGGAUCCGCACACAUUAGUGUUCAAUGGGAUCGCCUGCCCUGUAUGUGGAGAGGCCGUCUCCAACAAGGGUCGUAUCACAUCUGGCCCGAUCAAAGUCUACGAUCUUGGCAAGCCGUUCUUCAUCAUCGGAUGCGAGUACGCGUGUCUCUCCGAGACUUGUCGUCCUGGAAGUCCUCGAGGAGAGGGUCGGAAGUACUCCAGUACAGACGCGUCCAUUCUUCGCUCCCUUCCUGUCAAGCUCAGAGACGAGUUUCCCGCCAAGCUCAUCCAAGGUCCUCCACAUGCUCCUGAUUUAGGAAGUAGCCCCGAAGUAUGGAGCUGGCGAGGCAUGGGUGUCUCUAUCGCGCUAUGGAACAUGGUUAGGGCGUGUCUGAACGUCGGCUUGAGGAAAGAUGCAAUCCUUGCAGUCGUCAAAGGAGUCAUCGAUGGCGUGCCAGAGGAUCCCAUUCCAUCAUGGUUCCCUCCACCUCAGCAAUACGCCAUUUCUGUCGAAAGGAAACCUGACGUGGAAACCAGUGGCCAGCCUAGUGGCUCUAAUGAAUCACGAGAGGAGGGUGAGGAAGAGGAGGAUGAGGUAGAAGAGACCGUGUCUGAGGCGGCGAGGGACGUAAAAAAACCCCGAACAGGCGACUUAUGAAGGUUGGAACGUCAGCGGCGCCGCAGGCCCAAGCAAUGCAGUCGCAGGUCCAAGCGAACCCAACGGCCACCGAAACAACGAUGCCGUCAAUCCAAACCAGACAGUUCAACAACAAAUCCAACAAAGUCAACCACCGUCUCAACAACUUGAAUACCCGCCACCUCCACCGCCGCCACAACAUUUCACGACUGGUCAACAAGCACCUUACAUGUCUUUCACGCCUUACGGUGCCCCUCCAUACGCAUACGCAUACCCACCUGCUCCCCCUCCGACAAUCACGAACUCUUUGAAGCGUCCGUAUACUAUGGUUGAUGGGUCGCCUCAGGCUGAGGGGAGUGCGAGCGUGAAGAGGAUCAGACAUUGCGUCAAGUGUGGGAGUCAUGAGUGUAAGGGAAAGGGCGGGAGGGCGUUUUGUAAGAAUCCGUGUCAGGAUUGUGGACGGUUGGAGUGUAAUGGGAGGAAUAGUAAGAGACCGGAUCGGUCGUGCAAGGAUGCUUGGGAGGGGGAGCAGGCCGCGGUGGCGUAAGUUGAUAUGAUGUGGGUUGCAUUUGAAGUUAUGUUCUUUUUGUUUUUGAUUUUUCUUAAGCCUGAGAAUAUGCAAUUUUACGCAAGUAAUAGAUACCUAGGAUGAUUACUCUCGUGUUGUAUUUGUCUCUCUGAAAUUAUUUAUGCAGUUUUGAAACGAAAUACGAAAUCGUUGAAACUCUUAAGUGGCGCUCUCUUUAGGUGUAACGAGCUCGAGCUCGUUCUACAUGGCAUUUCAGAAACAAACUUCAAAGCUUCUC